AUGGCCCCAACAAGGAUAAGAGGUGCACUCAACAUUGGAUUUCAAAUGAUGAUCACAAUUGGCAUAUUAAUUGCAAACCUUAUCAACUAUGGGACUGCAAAACUAGAAUAUGGUUGGAGAGUUUCUUUAGGUAUUGGUGCAGUUCCCGCAAUAAUGUUAUGUGUAGGAGCUCUUUUCUUAGGUGACACGCCAAACUCUCUGAUUGAAAGAGGUAAAAUAGAAGCAGCUAAGAAAAUGUUGCAAAGGAUUCGUGGCAUUGAUAAUGUUGAGGAGGAGUUCCAAGACCUCGUUGAUGCGACUACAGCAGCCAAAGAUGUGGAACACCCAUGGAAGAACAUUACACAACCAAAAUAUAGACCUCAACUCACUUUUUGCUCUCUGAUUCCAUUCUUCCAACAAUUCACCGGUGUUAAUGUGGUUGCCACUGUUGUUUCCAUUUUCACCGUGGACAAGUUUGGAAGAAGGAUAUUGUUCCUCGAAGGUGGCAUUCAAAUGUUUGUUUGUCGGGCCAUAAUAAUUGCUUGUAGCUUGUCUGUUGGAACCAUGAUUGCUAUGAAGUUUGGAGUGAGCGGUGAAGGCUCAUUUACCAAUGGAGAAGCUAGUCUCCUCUUAUUUUUUAUAUGUGCAUAUGUUGCAGCAUAUGCAUGGUCUUGGGGUCCACUAGGGUGGUUGGUUCCAAGUGAAAUAUGUUCUCUUGAGGUUCGAUCGGCAGGUUAA